AUGCCCGAACUACUGCAGGAUCUCGCAUCUCACGAUUCCAGCGACCCGUCACAUCGAUAUGCUAUCCACAAUCCCCUUGGACCCUCGUUCUUCCAACUGACCCUCUCUUCCGCCAACAGAGCCGAGAUCUUCGCAGAAGCCCUAUCUGAAAUCGACAAAAAUCACAGCCGGACCUCUAUCAUUGUUGAGAAUCUGCAGAAAUGGAAUCCCGAAGCCGCAUCUCGAUUUGGUCCACGUUCCACCUUGACCGUUCUGUCUACACCCUUCCGUCUCAUCUACCCCAACUGCGACCUCCACUCCUUUGAAGAAACUGGGCUGUACGCAAGGCAAUUUCUUGCUAUUUCGUACUGUUGGCGCUCUCCAGAAUAUCUAGCAGAAGGCUAUGAAGGCCACGAUAUCUGGCCUAUCAAGAAAUCCAUCGUGGACGCUGUUUUGGCGGAGAAGGAUCACCCAAGAGUAGGCAUUUGGAUGGAUCAAAUAUGCAUUGAACAGUCUUCAAACUUGGACAAGCAACUCUCUAUCGCGGUUAUGGAUAUCAUCUACCGUUCGUGCAUGCGAAUGAUUGUUUUGUUAGAGGACGUGCUUCUCACCGAGCAAGAGAUCCAGCUCGUGCAAAAAUACGACAUCUCUCAGCGCCCCUACAAUGGCGGCUGGAAGUUUGAGUCUAGCGAGAUCAAAAUUUUUGCAAGUUUCUACGAGAAAGUGAACACAGCGCGCUGGUGGAGCCGGGCGUGGUGUUUUCACGAAAUGGGCGUGCAUCGACCGUGGUCUGAGAGGCGCCAGACGGAUCACCGAUUCAAUGCGACCUUCAUCCUAUGUGGGCCCAACGAUACCACUUUGAAGAUGAAGUGGACGAAUAUGAUACUGCUCAUGGGCCUCGCAAUGCACGUGCUGCCCAAUGCACAGCUCUGGUGGAAGGGACAGGCGACAUUUUCUGGUAUAAUUGAGCCUGAAGAUCAAGAGAAAGGGUGGAGCGGCAGUAUCAUGGCGCUUCAUAAUGCAAUCAGCACAACGGGCUGUAGCGUCUUGCAGGAUCGCAUUAGUAUUCUAAUCAACCUGUGUGGACUGGGUCUGGCGUACAAAGGGCCGCCGUUGGACACUGAGGAGGAGCUACUAUACUUGAGUAGUCUUCUCGCUUUGGCCGCCGGAGAUCUACAUCCCUUGAGCAUGAUGGACAGGCAGUCUAUGAUACUGAAGGGGAAGCCAACCUGGAUAUCGAAACACGAGGUGAAUGAUACGACGCUUCCUGGUUACAAAAUUGGGACCAUGGAAGGUAUUCACCGAGUGGAAGAGGGGGAAAUUGAGGUGGACAUGCUUUUUCUCGAUGCACCAUGGAGAUCACUCAAAGAAAAGGACCUCCGGCCUACGUACGAAAUCUUCCCAUACACUAUAACAACCACACACCCCGCUAGCAAAAGACUGGAAGCAGAAGGUCGAGUAGCGUCUAAUUAUGCGUACUCAGACGCCGAAUUCGACAUACCCCGUCGCCGUUUCCUGGCGGGCUGCAUCUUGAACGGAGCUAUGUUUACCGGCAGAUUAUGGGAGCAGAUAAAACGCGACGUCGUUGUUCCGAAUUACAACGCCGGAAAUAAUAAGGACCUGUCAUUCAAUCCUGCAUUUCGCAGCGCAGCAAAGGCCUUCUUAGCGCACUUGUUUCCUGUCUCGACGCUCUUGGGUAUAGUGCAGCCUUUGCCUUCUAUUCUGGACGACGCUACACUCUUCCUGACGUGGCUCACCGACCCGAGAUCAAUGUAUUACAUUGGACUUCACACCUUCCGUGUUCCGUGCACCAUGCGUUGGGACUCGACAUUCAUCACAUCGCUGACUAUCAACGAGUAUUUUCAAGACGGGUCAGAUAGGGAGAUACAGGUUGCUGUGCCGACGCAUCUACUCAAGACGUCUUGUGUGCCGCUGCGAGUGUGGAUUCUUCGGCCUGCAAAAGUCGAUCAAGUGAAAGGGAAGUGGCGAAUUGUUGGCAAGGCUUUGUUGCUUGGGGAGCCGGAUUUGCUCACAGAAGCGACGGAGAGUGCGGGGAAGCCUGGGGCGAAGGUCAUUCUGAGGGAGAGGACAGUUGUAUGUGGGUGA